AUGCCGAAGAGACAUUCAAGGGAAGAAGACAGGAUAAGCUCCCUCCCUGACGAAAUACUCCAUCACAUCUUCAAUUUUCUUCUUGCAGCGUCAACCGUGAAAACAAGCUUUUUAUCCCGAAGAUGGCGACAUGUGUGGUCGUCUUCCCCCAAUCUCCACUUUGAUGAAUACUACUUCCCAUUUUCAUACAAUGAGGAGUUCAUGAUCUUUGUGGAGCGAGUCCUCCUCUUCUCUGAUGCCACGAACCUCAACUGUGUCUCAAUCACCACCCGCGGGGGCUGUGACAUGUUUCGAGUCCUUAGUUGGAUAUAUACCAUAAUGAAGCGCAAUGUCAGAGACCUUACUAUCUAUCAUCAACAAAAGGAGCUGUUGAAGCUCCCACUCAAAAUCUUCCAUCUCCAAUCACUGAAGCGACUGUCCGUCACAAGUUGCAUUAAGGAUGACCCGCUACCUGAUUCUUCGUAUCGAAAUCUUGAAGUUUUGCAACUUCUGGUAGAAACUUAG